AUGGCCAACCACUCACAAUUCGGUUUCCAAGACGCUUCAUCACCUAUCAUAGAAGAACUCAUGCAAUUCCACGACCACGCUCUAAUGGUAGCCCUUGCCAUUUGCAGCCUAGUCCUUUACCUAUUGGCUCUAAUACUCACAGAAAAACUGUCAUCGAGCACUGUCGAUGCACAAGAAAUUGAGCUCGUCUGAACAAUCCUCCCAGCUGCAGUCCUAAUCAUACUCGCCCUCCCCUCCCUACGAAUCCUCUACAUGAUGGACGAAGUAAACGAACCAGACCUAACCCUAAAAGCCAUCGGGCACCAAUGAUACUGAUCAUACGAGUACACCGACUUCAAAGACCUUACAUUCGACUCCUACAUAAUCCCCACAUCAGACCUCCCACUGGGCCACUUCCGCCUACUAGAAGUUGACCACCGUGUCAUUGUCCCCACAGAAUCCAAAGUUCGAGUCAUCGUCACCGCUGACGAUGUACUUCACUCAUGAGCCGUACCUAGCCUCGGAGUCAAAACCGACGCCAUCCCUGGACGCCUCAACCAAACUUCCUUCCUCGCUUCUCGUCCCGGAGUCUACUACGGACAGUGCUCAGAAAUCUGCGGAGCCAACCACAGCUUCAUGCCAAUUGUAGUCGAGUCAACUCCCCUAGCUAACUUCGAGAACUGAUCCUCCCUACUACCUUCUUAA